AUAGCCUGAUCAGCCGCAAGAAGUCACUCUUAUUUAAGACACGUGGAAAACGUUGUGCAUAACCUACAUAACCUACAGCUCCUCCUGUCACAAGCCCUGCAAUAUGUCUUACUCGUGGACAGUAUCAGCCGUCCUCCUGGUGGCGCUCGUGGUUGUCGUCAGUGGACAGAGAAGACCUGCGCCGAGUUUCCCUUCAAGAACUGAGCUUGAAUUGGCCUUGAAUAACCCAAGCACCGUCCGUAAGGCUCUGAUCUGCAUCAGAGGCUAUCAGUGCAAGCUCCCUUAUGGACAAUUAUUGAGACAGGCAGGCCCUGAGCUCAUCAUGACCGGAAGGUGCCCAUUCCACGUGUGCAAGAACAGGAGGGAACAAGAGCUGGCCAAAUGGAUGAUCCUCAAGAUCCAGGAAAAGUACCCAGAACUCUUCUACAACGCCGUGAACGACUUGAGCAGACGGGGUUGAUGUAAUUAUAGGGAAUUAUCUUUAAGAAGAUUUUUUUUACUGCAAGAGUACACAUACGUCGCAAGCAAAGAUAUAACAGAAACUGACCCAAAAUGGCCCAAAAGUCCUCAGGGAUAGGAAAGAAUUUCACCUUUAUCCGAUAUUCGAGAUAACCUUCAUUCAGAAUUCAUUACUAAAUAUAAUCACCGCAUAAGAAACUGGCAAGUAUCAGAUUACAACUCAAUAUUACAAUGAAUAGUUCUAAGUUUCCUAUUGUGACGUUUGAUUAAAUCACGUUAUUGUCGUACAAAGAAUGUAAUAUUUAUUUUGUGUACAAUUGCCCUGUAUUUUAUUUGAAUAAAAAAAUGUGCUGA